UCGGGGGUUACCAUUCUAGUCCAACCGUGAGCCAUUUUGAAUUUGAUGUGUCGAACGCGUGUGGAAAAGUUUUAGAUGUAAAAUUUUCCAUAACUUGUAAUCUUAGCUUUUUUUAGUGAUAAUAGUUAAUUUUUGUAAUAUACCUGUACUGAAUACCGAUCGUGAAGGUUUGAAUACACCCAGAGACUUUCACCAUGUCGCAGGAGAAUGCCGAAAUAAGUGCAAAAUUCUCCACACUCAAUGUAAAUGCAAUGGAGUUCGUGCCGAGCUUCUGUCAGGAGCGCACAUCGGUCGUCACCACAGAUCUUAUGGAGGAAAACCGGCCAGAGAACAAUGCUUCCGUGCCCGACAAUGAUCCCCUCGACAGCUGGGACGUGGAGGAUGAGCCAGUAUUAACGCCCGAGGAUGAGGAGGCAGAAGAUGCAGAGGAUGGCGAUGGUGAGAACGACGUCACCCCAAAACAGUCCAAGAAGAAGUCCCAGAAGAUUGAGGAGAGCAAGAGCAAGAAGGAACACGUCAAUGUUGUCUUCAUUGGCCAUGUCGAUGCUGGAAAGUCAACCAUUGGCGGCCAAAUAAUGUCCCUCACGGGGAUGGUGGACAAGAGGACACUGGAGAAGUAUGAGCGUGAGGCACGUGAGAAGUCACGAGAGAGUUGGUAUCUUUCUUGGGCGCUGGACACCAACCAGGAGGAACGUGACAAGGGAAAGACAGUGGAAGUGGGACGUGCCUAUUUUGAGACGGACAAGAAGCACUUUACCAUCCUCGAUGCCCCCGGCCACAAGAGCUUCGUGCCCAAUAUGAUUGGUGGAGCAGCUCAGGCUGAUGUGGCUGUACUCGUGAUUAGCGCCAGGAAAGGUGAAUUUGAGACGGGUUUCGAUCGGGGUGGACAGACCAGGGAGCAUGCUAUGCUCGCCAAAACCGCCGGUGUUAAGCAUCUCAUUGUUCUUGUGAACAAGAUGGAUGAUCCAACAGUGAAUUGGGAUGAGAACAGAUACAACGAAUGCCGAGACAAAAUUCUGCCCUAUCUUAAGAAACUCGGAUUCAAUCCGGCAAAAGAUCUAACUUUCAUGCCAUGUUCUGGGCUGACGGGGCAGGGCAUUAGGGAACCAAUUGAUCAAGGUGUUUGCCCAUGGUACUCGGGCCAGGCAUUUAUUCCAUUCAUCGAUGAGUUGCCCUCUCUCAAUAGAAAAACAGACGGUCCAUUUAUAAUGCCUAUUGUAGAUAAAUAUAAAGAUAUGGGAACGGUGGUAAUGGGAAAAGUGGAGUCUGGUUGUGCGAAGAAAGGACAAAAUUUACUCGUUAUGCCCAAUAGAACUCAAGUGUCGGUGGAUCAAUUGUGGUCAGAUGAUGAUGAAGUGACAGCUGUGGGUCCUGGGGAAAAUGUCAAGAUCAAGUUGAAAGGAAUCGAAGAGGAGGAUGUAUCACCUGGCUUUGUACUCUGCGAUGCGUCAAAUCCAAUCAAAAUUGGAAAAAUCUUCGAUGCUCAAGUGGUGAUUCUCGAGCACAAAUCCAUCAUUUGUGCUGGAUAUUCAGCCGUUAUGCAUAUUCACUGUGCAGCUGAGGAAAUUACAGUAAAGGCACUAAUCUGCUUAGUUGAUAAGAAAACGGGAGAAAAAUCAAGAUCACGACCACGAUUUGUAAAACAGGAUCAAGUGGCAAUUAUGAGGAUUGAAUGUUCUGGAUUGAUUUGUCUCGAGCAAUUCAAAUUGUUCCCACAAAUGGGACGAUUCACACUCAGAGACGAGAAUAAAACCAUUGCAAUUGGAAAAGUGCUUAAGGUGAUUGAGUAAAGUGUUGGUCGUCUUUAUUUUAAAAGAAGAAGAAAAAAACAAAAGAAGAUAAAUCACAUAAACUAUCAUGGAAAAAAAAGAGUAAUAACAAGUGAAACAAAAUGGAUUCAGCAAAGGAUAAAAUUCUCAAACAAAAGAGGAAAAUUUCUGAGGUGAGUGAAAAUAUAAAAGAAAAAAAGAAGUACAGAAUGAAAAUAUUGAAAGAUGAAAAGGUUAUGGAGAGAAAUAAAAAUUAUGUAUAAUAUAAA